AUGCCUACCGCCACGAAUCCAGAAUCGCGCUCUCCAUCUCCCACACCCGCUCGACCCAUCGCAGACGCACCCGGCCCGCGCGCGCAAGGUCUGAUCAAUGUAUUCAACCAAGCCUCCAAAGCGACCUUAGACAAGUGUUCGGCCAAGAACUUCGCUUCGUGCUUCCCAACGGCUGCACAGUAUAGCCCAGAGGUUCUGGACAACCUGAGAGGGCAGAUUGUGGAUCAGUUGGACCGGACAUGGAAGAGCAACUUCGAGGACAUCAUGGAGAGGAGGAAUGUCGUUAGGCUGCUCAACUCGCUCGACCAGUGCAUAGAGGAUGCGAAACUCAGGAAGAAGCGCGCCGAAGCGAGUGCCAACGGUGGGCCCGUGGAAACGCCUGUGCCACCGCAUACCCUUACUCCAGCCGAAAUACAUCUAGCGCACCUCAUGCCUUUCCUCGAGAAGCAGGCGACCGAUAUGAACACUAAGCUCGUCGAGACUCAGCAGUCAAACACCGAGCUGCUUUCGACCGUCACCGCACAACGCGCCGAGAUAGAAGCCCUAGUACGAGGCCUAGAGAAUGUCAUACAAGAUCUGGAUGCUAGCGCGCAGAUCAUGGCUCAAGACGAUGUACAAGAACUGAGCAGAGAGACUAGGGAUCUUGAGAUGGAAAUGAGGACAUGA